GCUCUCAAAGCUGCUGCGCAUGCGUGUACACUGAAGUUAUCCGUUCACGUAAAAUUAACUUCCACCAACAUGUCUUCGAAACUUCGCGAUAACGAGGAUAGUUUUGAAGGACCGUGCGCUCUCAAGGAGGAAUUAAACAAAAAGAUAAAGGAGCAGAAGGUUGUCGUGGAUGAGCUCUCCAAUCUGAAGAAAAACAGGAAAGUCUACAUCCAGCAGAGGAACAGUAACUUAUUCUUCCUAGCAGACAGAGGUCAGACACUGGGUUCAUGUAAAAAGGAACUCGAUAACAUGAAAAAGGACCUGCAGGAUAUGUGAGACGGACCUUCACCGCGACAAUGUGCGGCAUCUUUUGUCUGUUGAGUCUGUCGGCCGCUCGGUGUGCGUGGAGCGAAGCGGUUCAUGAGCGUUUGAAGAGAAGGGGGCCCGACUCGAGCCAGGACGUCACAGUCGGAGGCACAGAUGCCUGCUAUCGGUGUUUGUUCUCUGCCCACGUUCUCCACAUGAAGGGUCUUCUUACACCUCAGCCGGUUCAAGACCACACUGGGAAUGUUCUGGUGUGGAACGGGGAGAUUUUCGGAGGUCUCCCGGUGAUGCCAGAGGAAAAUGACACGGCCGUUGUCUCUCAGCGUCUAUCAUCCUGUGACGGCCCUUCGGAUAUUUUGUCCGUCCUGUCCACUUUACGUGGGCCGUGGGCGUUUGUUUACCACCAGAAGGCUGGAGACUACCUCUGGUUCGGCAGAGACUUCCUUGGAAGGCGGAGUUUGCUGUGGACAUUUGAUGCAGAGGUCAACGCCUUGACCCUGACUUCUGUGGCGGCCCGUGAAUCUGGACCUACGCAGUCUUCUUGGCAGGAAGUCCCGGCAGUUGGUGUGUACAGGGUCGACCUGAAGGCGGUAGCAGAAGCUGGCUGCGUGACGUUUGAGGUUUAUCCCUGGGCUCACGGGGGACGCGAUCUUGUCUCGAGGAACAGUCCGGCUGUUUUGGAGUCGGUCCCCAGCGGCUGCACCGCCGUCAUGAACCGGUCCGGCCUCGUACUCACCUCACCCGUGUGCCCUCUCAAUACAUCCAUCCCAAAGUUGUCAGAUGAAGAGGAAAUUCAUCCAAACUCGCAUUCACAUGUUACGGAUCUGGAGCAGCUGCUAGCAAGCAAAGAGAAUAACGACGAGGUGAACCGUCUCACCUAUGUUCUCAGCGAGGCGGUGAGGCGACGUGUUCAGUCUCUGCCGUUCAAGGUGCAAGACGAUUCCCCUUCUCCUGAUGAACUCGCUAGUGUGGCCAUACUCUUUUCGGGAGGACUCGAUUCAAUGAUCCUGGCUGCCUUAGCUGACCGUCACAUACCCGCUCAUCAACCAAUAGACCUUCUGAAUGUAGCGUUUAAGCUACAGGUGCCAAAGAAGCCGAAAGAGUCCGCAAGGAGACCCGGAAAGCGCCAAAAUAAGCCGACAGAUUGUAAGGGCGACGGAGCCGAUCCCCAAACAUCCAGCCCCUUCGACGUUCCAGACAGGAUCACUGGGAAAGCCGGUCUCGGGGAGUUACGAGACUUAAAUCCGGAAAGAAGAUGGAACUUUGUUGAAAUCGACGUAACGAAGGAGGAGCUGCAGAAAAUGCGCCAGGAGCGCGUUUGCCAUUUGGUGCAUCCGCUGGAGACGGUGCUCGAUGACAGCAUUGGCUGCGCCGUGUGGUUCGCAGCAAGAGGGAUCGGGUACGUCACGGGGCACGGUGACCCGAGGCCCUUCACGUCGUCGGCAAAGGUGGUUUUGACAGGAAUCGGGGCGGACGAGCAGCUGGCCGGUUACUCCAGACACAGAGUCCGAUUUACAGCGUCGGGACAUGAGGGGCUGAUCCAGGAACUGGAAAUGGAGCUGGGCAGGAUCCCGUCCAGGAAUUUGGGCAGAGAUGACCGAGUGAUCGGGGACCAUGGGAAAGAGGCUAGAUUUCCCUACUUGGACGAGGACGUGGUGAGCCACUUGAAUUCUUUGCCCGUGUGGGAGAAGGCGGACCUGUCGCUUCCUCGCGGCGUCGGGGAGAAGCUCCUCCUGAGGCUCACGGCGAAGCGGCUGGGCCUCGGCCAGUCGGCCGUCCUGCCCAAGAGAGCCAUGCAGUUCGGAUCCCGCAUCGCAAAGAUGGAGGCCCGCCAUGAAAAGGCCUCUGACAGAUGCACAAGACUGCUCACAGAGUAGACAAAUCAUUGGUUUUAAUGUAUAUAAAAAAAUUAACAUUUUAAUGGAAAAUCCCUUGCAGUACAAUUCAUAUUUAAAGGCUUAUUUACAGUUACAAUUCUUGAAAUUGGCCAUUUGAUUAGUUAUCGUUGCAUAAAUAUGGUGUUUUUGUCCAGUUCCCAGUUCCUACACCAUGUAAGAGCCAGCGUCUUGAAGUUUCUCUCUGAAGUAGAGGUCACAUUCAAUAUAGGAAGGCAAGUUUCCAACGUCGAAACGCCCAGAAAUCUGAUGAAUGUAUACUGGCUCUCUGAAAGUAAAAAAACAAAACAAUAAAGUAUAAUUUAUUGAGAAA